AUUUUCUCCAAAAUUCCCAUCAUUUUCAUCCAAAUUACAUGAAUUUCUUAAUUCCUCAUGCUAUACAAAGCCAAAACUUCAUUGAUAUAUGCAAGUUUCUUGGUUCUUAUGUUAAGAAAAUGAAAACAAGAUUCCUAUUUCAAUUUCUCAUCUUAUGUUUAACAUUUCUUCUUUCAUCAGCCAUGGUAGAUGCAUCAACAGGUUGCAACCAAUCAUGUGGUGGGAAAAACGUUCUUUUUCCGUUUGGAUUCUCGACCGGGUGCCAAAUCCGACUGAAUUGUAGCCAUAAUGGCACCAUGUUUAUUAAUGAAUUUUCGAUACUAUCUAUUGACUCUGAUACCAUAUUGAUGAACCUCCAAGCCAAAUGCAAUCGAUCCAUUAAAGCCCUCUUUAGUCUCUUCACCCCAAACUAUGCUCCAACUUCGAGUAACGCGAUUCUGAUGCGAAACUGCAGAGCCCCUCGAACUGCGUGUUACAUCCCUAGAACACAGGUACAGACAAACUUCGAGCUGCCGGAUUGCAAUUCCAAAAAUGAGAACAUCAGCUGCUAUUCUGAGACGAACAAUCAGAGUUUAUUCGUUGAUUAUCAUAACUUGAGAAAAAGCACCUGUCGGUCCCUAUUUUCAGCAAUCUCAAUGGAGUCAUUAGCCAAUACUUCUGUUUCUUUGGAUGUUCAAAUAGUUAGGAUGGGGUGGUGGCUUCAAGGGGAUUGUCAGUGCUCUAAAAAUGCUAAAUGCACCAAUUUUUCGUCGCCUGUUGAAAGAAAACCAGCAUAUCGGUGCAAAUGCAACGAAGGUUUCACCGGCGAUGGAUUCAACGCCGGCAUGGGUUGCCGGAAAGAAACAGAUUCAGAGACAUGCAAUCCUUCCAAGUACUUAUCAGGCAAGUGUGGAGGAACAACUAGAGUUGGUGCUUUAGUAGGAGGUGUUGCAGCAGGUGCUUCAUUGAUGAUCAGUUUAGGUCUCAUAUGUUGUCUCGUUCGAAGAAGAUCGAAAUUGAGAAGCAGUAGUAAAAAAAGACGCCAAUUAUGUGAAGAGACAGGGAUUUCUAUUCCUGUAUAUCCUUACAAGGAAAUGGAGAAAGCUACAGAUUUCUUCUGUGAAAAACGAAGACUUGGAAAUGGCGCAUAUGGAACUGUAUAUUCGGGAAAACUGCAUAGCGACGAAUGGGUUGCAAUCAAAAGGAUCAAGCAUAGAGAUACUGGGAGUAUUGAACAAGUAAUCAAUGAAAUCAAGCUUCUGUCCUCAGUCAGUCACCCAAAUCUUGUUCGACUCUUAGGUUGUUCGAUAGAAAAUGAAGAGCAGAUUCUUGUUUAUGAGUAUAUGCCCAAUGGGACUCUAUCUCAGCAUCUGCAAAGAGAAAAGGGUAAUGGACUGUCUUGGCCGGUUCGUCUCACUAUCGCUGCUGAAACCGCUCAAGCUAUAUCCUAUCUACACAAUGCUAUGCAUCCUCCUAUUUAUCACAGGGACAUAAAAUCCAGUAACAUUCUCUUGGAUUACAGUUACACAUCAAAAGUUGCAGAUUUUGGGCUUUCUAGACUAGGAUUGACUGAAUCAUCCCAUAUUUCAACCGCGCCUCAAGGUACUCCCGGAUAUCUUGAUCCUCAGUAUCAUCAGCAUUUCCAUUUGUCUGAUAAAAGCGAUGUCUAUAGUCUGGGGGUGGUUCUUAUUGAGAUCAUAACAGCAUUAAGAGUAGUGGAUUUUAGUCGACCACAGAACGAGGUUAAUUUGGCUGCUCUUGCUGUAGACCGGAUUGGAAAAGGGCAUUUGGAUGAGAUUAUCGACCCCUUACUUAAACAAAAUACGGAUGCUUGGACUCUUUUAUCUAUACACAAGGUAGCUGAACUGGCAUUCAGAUGUCUUGCAUUUCAUAGGGACAUGAGGCCUUCAAUGAUGGAAGUAGCCAUUGAACUGGAACAAAUUAGGCUCAGUCAGUUGGCGAACGCAGAAGAUUGCAUCACAGCUUCAUCAGAGGCAUCCUCGAAUUCGUCUUCAUCCAAUUUAAGCGAGAAACCACUGAAUCUCACUGUUAAAAAGCAUGACUUAGAUAGCAUAGUACUGUUUGGUAGCCAAGAAUAUUCUACAGUAUCCUUGCACGACUUGCCAAGUGAACGAAGCUCACCAUCAUCAAAUAGUUUGCCAUUUUAAAGAAGCAAAAAAAGCAAGAUAUAUAACUACUCUCCCAAAUCCAAAAAUGGCAGUCUAUUUUUGUAUUUACCGUCAAAUUGUACCCAGCAGUGUGUUAAUUUAUACUCUCCUUACAUAACGAUCAGACAGAGUGAAGAAUUCCUUUUCUCCCCAAUAUGUAAUGAUCCAAAGACUACCAGUGUUUUCAAUUAUUUUCCUUUGAUAAGUGAUCACUUGAUCAUAUUGUAAUCAUUUGUAAAUUGUCAGCAUAGAGGAUAAGCCUCUAAGUUUGGGUCUUAUACCGGAAGCAAAAUAGUCUCAAUGUCAAGAACUCCUAACGAGCAAAAUAGAGAAUGAAAAGCAACUUGUCCCAAUGGCUUAGUGAAUAA